AUGGUGGCCUGCCUCAAAAAUCCUCAUUCUAAGGAUACAAGGCAGUCUCUUCUCACCUUUAAUGAUGUUUAUACCUCUGGAACAGAAGCUUCUGAGGGGGUUUUGGGGACUUGGGUUUUCAACCAAGAGGCUAUUAGGAGGGCAUUGUGUGAGAUGAUCAUUGUUGAUGAACUUCCCUUUAGGAUUGGGAUAAAAAAUGUUUUCACUGUUACUGUUGAUAAUGCCUCUUCAAAUGACAUAGCUUUGGGGUUUUUCAAGAACAAACUUCUGUCUUGGGGUGGGUCUUCUGUUAGGGUUCAAUAUAUGCACAUGAGGUGCAUAGCCCAUGUAUUGAACUUAGUGGUCCAGGAUGGGUUGAGAUAUGCAGGUCCUUCUAUUAAGAAAGUUAGAGAUGUUGUGAGAUGGGUGAGGAAUCCUCAUGCAAGACUCAAGAAGUUUAGAGAGCUUGUUGUGCUUAAUGGGGUGGAAGCCAAAUGUGCAUUACAACUUGAUGUUCCAACAAGAUGGAACAGCACAUACAUGAUGCUCAACACUGCCCUUCAAUACCAGAGGGCCUUUGAAGCUUAUGAGAAUGAUUCCUCAAUGACUGCUGACUUAUCUGAUUCUAUUCCAAAUUUUAUGGAUUGGCUUUCUGAAAUGGGGUCCCAUAUGAAACAAAAAUUUGAAAAAUAUUGGGGAGAUCCUGAAAAAAUGAACUUCUUGAUAUUCUAUGCCACUAUUUUGGAUCCUAGGGAUAAGAUUGAGUACAUGCCUGCCCAAUUUGCCCAGUUAUAUGGUGAUGAUAAAGGAAAAUCAUGCUUUGAAAAGGUUCAAUCUUCUAUGGUUGUGCUGUUUAAUGAUUAUACAGCCACCUACCAUGUGCAGUCUGCAUCCCCUACUGUGCAAUCUAUGCAAUCUGAACCUGUCCAUUCUCAAACUUCAGUUGGAAAACCUCAGGCUAGAAUGAAAAGCCAGCUAAAAAAACAGAGAAUGGAGACUGGUGGAAGCAGUAAAGAAACUGAACUCCAAAUUUAUCUAAGUGAAAAAUUAGUAGAAGAUGAAGAAAAUGUGGACUUUGAUGUGCUAAGAUGGUGGAAGGUUAACAGUGAUAGAUUUCCUAUACUCUCUAAAAUGCCAAGGGAUGUGCUGGUUGUUCCCAUUUCAACUGUUGCCUCUGAGAGUGCAUUCAGUACUAGUGGUAGGGUAUUAGAUGCCUUUAGGAGUUUCUUAAAUCCUAAAUUGUUGAAGCCCUAG